AUUACAUAAUUGACUAUGAGUGUAACUGGUGCCCGUGUCGUUGCCAUUUUCGCUCUUUUCGGACUUACAAUGGUCGCUGGUCUUGGACCCGUUCUGGUGUUUAAUCUGGAAAAGAAAAAAAACAAUCAACAGGAUGGAACAAAUAAUUCAAAUUCUACCGCUAAUAAAAUACUACAACUUUUACUGGUCUUUGGUGGUGGUGUCCUUUUGGCUACUUGUUUUGUUCAUAUGAUUCCCGAAAUUCAGGAAAAUUAUGACCACUACAUGGAAACUCGUGAAUCUACACAUAACCAUGAUGAACACGAACAUGAACAUGAACAUGAUCACGAUCAUAAUGAACUAAUUGCUAAUACUUCAACCUCCUUAAUGGAAAGAAGUGAGAUAAUUGUCAACACUUCAAACUCUCGUGAUAAUAUUUACAAACACCCGAUUCAUCAUGAUGGUGAAGAUGAACAUUCUCAUGGUUCUGUUCCUUGGGUGGAAAUUUGUAUUUGUUUAGGUCUUUUUUUAACCUAUUUCAUUGAAGAAUCAGUGUUGUUAUUGAUUGGAAGAGAUUCAGCUCAUCAUCAUCAUCAUAAUCAUCAUAACCACAUUGAUCAUCAACAUAAUAGUUCCGGUGAAAAUGGUGAUCAUCAUGGUGGUAAAGUUGGUUGUGAUAAUAUUGCCAUUGAUCUGAAAGGUGAUGAUAUAACUGUAAUAUCAUCAUUUCACCAGCAAUCUAAUGGUCAUCAUCAUGAGCCGACAUCGGGUCAUGUUGAAGGAGUUUGGACACGAUUUCUUCGAGGAUUGAUCAUCGUAGUAGCUUUUCUGGCUCAUUCCAUUUUUGAUGGAAUCGCGAUUGGCCUCCAAAGUACAGCAACCUCCGUUUGGACCAUGUUCUUUGCCAUUUGCCUUCAUAAGCUCGUAGUUGUUUUCGCCAUUGGCUUUGAGCUGUUUGAGAAAACACGUUCCCUUAUACUGACCUCUAUCCAUAUGACCAUUUUCGCGGCCAUGUCACCUCUUGGUAUCUUCUUGUCCAUCGUUAUUGAACAAGGACUUUCAGAAGAUGGCAGUUUACCGCUUAUACUGUUAAACGCUGUUGCCACCGGGGGCAUUUUAUACAUCGUUUUCCUUGAGAUUCUUCAAGCCGAUCGAUGUCCCGAAAUCAAUGGCCUCAUUCAACUGGUGGCCUUAAUGUCGGGUUUCAUCUUAAUGACUCUCAUAACGGUUUCGGUUGGUCAUGGUCAUGAUUAAUUUCGGUAAUCAACCAAUGUCCAGAAUAGAGAAUUAUGAAAAAAAGAUUUAUUCUCUCGAUGCUAUUAAUCAAUUCAAUUACGUUUUCUAUUUAUAAUUGUUAAUCAUCUUUCAUUUUUCAGUUUAAAGACUAAAAUUAAAGUAAAAUAAAUGUUCACUUAUACACAGAA